AAAGUGAACCGGUUGUGGCUACCUUUACGUGCCCGAGAAACUGCGUGUUGUUUACGGAAGAUAGGUUGCGACGGUCAGAUUCCAGCUGCUACAUUAAUAUUUUCAGACUUUUUUUUUCUUUUUUAAUUGGUGUUGAUAGUUAAGACACGCGCGUUCACCGUCAUGUGGGACCAUGAAAUCAGAGCUAUGUCGUCGUCGCACGCGAUCAUCGCCUCUGCGGUAUUCAUGGCGACGGUCGUACCUGCGGCGCUCGUGCCAGGCUUCUCGGUGUACGACGCGCGCACCCACCUGCUGUGGCUCUACUCUGUGUCCGGCUCCGUGGCUGCGGCUAGUGUCGCCGUCUACUGGCUACUCGGCGUCACACCACCCACUAAGAAGCACACCGUGAGCUACAAGCUGUCUCGAUUAAUUCGCUGCUGUGUGUAUUUCCUGCUCUCAUGCCUGUUCUUCCAUAUGGUGGCGGUUCUCUAUGGAGCGCCGGUGAUUGAAUCUGCUCUGGAGACCUUCUCCUUCGCUGUGUUGCUCACCUCUCUUACCACACUCAGAUGUCUCUGUGUCCUGGGCCCCAACAUCCAGUCCUGGAUACGAGUGUUCAGCCGACAUGGAGCUAUGUCUGUUUGGGACACCAGUCUGCAGAUUACAGUGGGCUGCACCUUGGUAGGCGCAUGGGUCGGCGCUUUUCCUAUACCGCUGGACUGGGACAGGCCGUGGCAGGUGUGGCCCAUAUCCUGCAGCCUGGGUGCCAUGAUUGGUUUCCUGACUGGGUUUGUUGCUGCGCCCACGUGGAUUCACUACCAUCGCAAACAGCUCACCUAUAAGUGCAAGUGACUGACAGAUGUGCACAAGCGCAUUUGUGUGGCUGUGACAUUUUGGCGACACGUUUUUAACUUUUUCUCUGAUUAUUUAUUGGGAACAUUCAGCCUUUUUUUCCUGCCUGUAAGACAGAUGAUUUUUCUACCGACACUAAUGAGCUGUAUUAUUUUGUACACCAGUUAAUAAAGUGUCUCCAUUGUGAAAUAA